CCAUUUUCCCGUUUGAGUCCGCCCCCUCUCUAGAACUCGCGACUUAACACCCUGGCGUCUCUUUGGAAUGUAUUUCUUAAACUUUUACUAAAAAUAGAUUUUAAUUUAGGAGACUCGACUGCAUCACUAUUUGUCAUGUAGGAACGGUUUUGAUCAAGGUGUUGUUCUUUUAAAGAUGGUGUUGGUGAGAAGAGUGAUGUGAAAGAAUGGACGUCUUGAGAGGGAAAUGGAAGGAAAAAUGCAUUCUGAACGUCUGCGCUCUGCUCCUAGUGUGCUGGUCAGUAGACCCCUCCCUCUCGGCACCACCACCUCCUGAUAGGACCCGGGAGUUGCAAUGCCUUGAGGGGAGUCAUUACCGUACUGCUAACGGGACAUGCUGUCGAAAGUGCCAUGAAGGGCUUAAGUUGAAGGAGGACUGCACUAAAGAGGGUGAGAGCCAAUGUGAACCCUGUAAAGAGGGCAGGACAUACCUAGAGAGGAGUAACUACGCCAGGAACUGCCUCCGUUGUACACGCUGUGAUGACAAUGAGGAAGAGGUGUCGCCAUGCAAGAAGAAUAGGAACGCAGUGUGUCGCUGCAUUGAAGGCUUCUACAAAAAGAGAAUAAACUCAGUAACACGGGAGUGCCUCCGUUGCAAGACAUGUGGACCUGGAGAGAGAGAAACGCAACCAUGUACUCCAGAGAGCGAUACAGUGUGUGAAUGUAAGGACUUCCGAAACAAGAAAAACAACAGGAACUGUCUUCCAUGCCAAAAUUGUAGAUCAGCUGACUGCCAACAGGAGUGUGCUUCAGGCACAGAUCCCACUCCCAAACCUAAAGACACUGGAUGGGGUGUUUGGUCUCCCUACCUGUUGGCUGCGUUCGGCUGUGUUUGUGUGGUGCUGCUGGUGGUGAUGGGGAUCAUGGGCGUACUAGUGGUCCGACGGAAACCCAAGGGGUCAAGCUCCUUUCUCUCUGCUGAGAUCACCUCUCAGGGCUCCGAGAAGUCUACUCGGAGGCUGAUCCAAGAGGCCUCAGAGAACGUUCUCAACCAGAGUAUCCCUUCAUGUAGCCCAGUGUGUGAGUGUGAACAGGAGCUACUCAGCAAGCUACCGAACUGUGUCCCCAAGGAGAUCAAGAUCUCUGAGUUGAUCUACUCGGUGUUGGACCAAGUUCCUCUGCGUCGUGUGAAGGAGCUGGUGCGUUCGCUGGGUGUGAGUGACAUCGUUAUAGAGAGGGCUGAGAAUGACCACCUCCGUGACACUAAGGAAGCCCAGUACCAGAUGCUGAGGGUCUGGGCUAAGGGAAGUGCUCAGGGAGGGGGAGGGGUGCUAGCACGCCCUCUACUGUACCACCUGCUGGAUAAGCUGAGAGCCAUGGACCUGGGAGGGACUGCAGAGGAGCUGGAGACCAAGUAUGGAGAUCAGUAGAGGGAGAGAGAUGCAGACUGUAUAGACCAUGUAUGGAGAUCAGUAGAGGGAGAGAGAGAAGAUCAGACACACAGACUCAUCCCCUUGUCCCUGACCUCACUUGUGUAGACCUGAGAGAAUAGGAUUGGUACAGUGUAAGCAAUAUGGUAGUUGUUCCACCGGGUCCAGAUCUGAUAGACUAGGUGGAAGUGAUGUCAUGCUUUCACAAUAUUUCCUCAUGUAUUAUACAAUCUUUUGUCAGUGAGCCUGAUUAUUGAUUGCCAACUGUAACUUACACUGUUCUCAUGUUUUUUUGUUGUUGCUCAUUCAAACCAAUGAGUGAGGAAUCGUAUGUUACAAAGCAGUUGUAGACAGUGCUGUUUGUAAAACAGGCAAACUUGUAAUGUGUCACACACAGGUAUGAGAACCACACUAAGAAUUUAGUUAAAUGUCGUGUUUAGAGUAAUACAGAUUUAACACCCAUCUAUAGUAUUACAGUUCUUCUGUCAGGGGCCCUGUAGCUCAGUUGGUAGAGCAUGGCGCUUGUAACGCCAGGGUAGUGAGUUCGAUCCCCGGGACCACCCAUACGUAGAAUGUAUGCACACAUGACUGUAAGUCGCUUUGGAUAAAAGCGUCUGCUAAAUGGCAUAUAUUAUUAUUAUUAUAUAUUUAGUUCUAUAUUACUGAGUAUUAGGUGGCGACAGGUAGCCAGUAACUGAAAGGUUGCUGGUUCAAAUCCCUGAGCUGAUAACGUGAUAAAAAUCUGUCUGUGCCCUUGAACAAGACACUUAACCAUAAUUUCUCAUGUGAAUUGCUCUGGAUAAGGAUGCCUAAAAUGUAAAUGUGAAAUUUAGUAUUUACUGGUGUUGCAGUAGUACUCAAGCAAAUAUUUAGAUAGGGAAGCUAAAAGCUAUACAGAUUCCUUCUGUCUCGAUCUUGCAUUAAUCAACCACAAACAUAUCAAAAGAUAUUAGCAUUAUAUGUCAUAUUUGAAGUCUUUGUAUUGGUUUGUAUAUGGUUAUUAAUACUGCAUAGGAGGAUGUUGUAUAUUUGAAUGGUUCUUUGAUAAGUUGCUGCUUGGGCGUGAAGAUAAAACUACUGUAGUUUUGCUGUCUUUUA